GGAGGGCAGUGCAAGAAUUUUCCAGCAACGAGAGACGCAAGUAGAGAACUCCCGCCAGAGCUUUGGGAUACUUAGUGCCAUUGCAUGAGCAAAGGCCAGAGUGGAAAGGUUACUCUCGAAGCAGGAUGGCCGCCACAGAGGAGAUUCGUGAUUUUCCUGGGCACAACAUCAUAGACGAGCACAGAACCUCCCGGAAAUUUUCACCUUAAAAUGGUCGCUCCAUUGUCGCUUGAUUCGUCCUGAAAAAGCUCGCCCACUGUGAGAAAGGUUGACCCCCUGAAUCGGGCAUAUCGACGCUUGGCACCCCUGAAUCUAGCCCCCUUCUGGGCCUCAGCUUCUGCGACCAACAUCGUGGUCGAAGUCAAGUGCGAUGGCUGAGUGGCAGGUUGGAAGGGCUCAAGCGCUGCAUUCACUGGUCUCUUGCUGGUGAGGUUCUAUGGCGUCUGCUGCAGUGCUCCUCAAGGCGGCCGGGGCGAAGGCUUCGUUUUCGUGCGGGCAUGCAGACAUCGCCCGCGCAACUCCCCAUCGAUUCGCUUUCAGGGCACUUCCUCGCCCUCUGUUUGAGGGAUCGAGGCUGGGCCGGUUCCACUCCGAGUACAGGGUGGGGUCAGGACUGAGGCGCCUCUCGCCGAGGGCAGAGACCCCCCGGGGAAGAGCAGAGUCUACCGGAAGUUCUAAUGGGGAUGACAUUAAGCCUCAGGUGGCAGAGCUCAAGGAAGAGGCCCAGGCUCUCAAGUCGAGUGUUGAGCGUGCGGAGAAGAGAAUCGAACGUCUGGAGAAGCAGAUCGAUGCUGUGGCUGCUGCUGCGGCUGCGGCUGCGGCUAAUGGCAAGAGCACAGAUUUGUUGGAGCAAAGACUGGUCUCGAUGGAGCAGCAGAAGGCCUCGCUGGAGCAGCAGAAGGCCGUGCUGGAGCAGCGACUGACUGCGCUCGCGCAGGUGGAGGUGGAAAAGCUGAAGCUGCAGCAGACCCCAGGCUUGAGUGCUGCAGGAAUUGUGGGCCCCAGUGCAAAAGAGUCGCUCAGAGACUUCUGGCUGGCGUUGCCGCGUGCGACGUGGUCUGAUGACGGGAGAAUCAUGACCCUUGCGGACGGGACAAGCUUUCUUGGAUCCAAGGCGCUCGGCAACAAGCUGUUCAACUGCGACUGCUAUGGCCCACUGGAUAGGUUGCUGGAUCAGCUCUUUGCUGGGACGAGCAGUGAAGGGGACGUUGAGGCAGUGGCGAUCUUAGGCAACCCAGGCAUUGGAAAAUCCAUCUUUGGUUACAAGCUCUUGCACCGGUGGGCGUGCGAGGGGCGGCGUGUCGUCGUCGUCAAGAGGGGCGACUGCCCCACGCCGGUGCUUCUUACGGUAGACGGUGCGUAUGAGCUGGAUCGUGUGGCUCUCCGAAAAGAGCUGGACAACCCUGACGUGCGGUACCUGGUGGAUGGCCUCGACCCGUCGACAGUUGGCUCGCUGCCGAAUGGGGCGAGGAUGGUCCUGAUUACCUCCCCCAAUCCGGACGUCUACCAAGAGGUCUGGAAGAGGAAAGGAUACACCCGGCUGUACAUGGACGUGUGGGCGUGGCCCGAGCUGGCCGAGUGCAGCGAGAGAAUCCAUCCGGAGAAGCCGAUUGAGGACGUGCUUGGGCGAUACCACCGGUGGGGUGGCAUUCCGCGCUACGUUGUGGAGAAGGUGGGCGAGAGGGAGCAGGGCCUGCUGGAGAAGGCCAUCGAUGCCCAGGACUUCGAUCUCCUCGUGCAAGCCGUCAAAGCAACCGCCGCGCCUGACGCUGCCUCGCAUAAGGUCCUCCACUUGAGGGCGGGGCCUGACUUCAUGACCACCUGGAUGGAGCCAGCCUCGGACUACGUUUCGGACGCGGUGGUGAAGCGGCUUGCGAGACAAGACGAGGGUAAACUCCGCCGCUUUCUCGUGGCGUCUGCAGGGGAUACGAGGGUUGCAGGGUUGCGCGGCCUUUUGUGGGAGAGCUACGUUCACGAAAAAAUGGCAGAAGGGGGGGAGUUCAGAACCCGGAAUCUGGCGACCGGUGAUGAAGGGGCCGUUACGCUCCCACCGACAUCAAGUACGUUCGAGUUCACUAAGUGGAAGGAGGUGGAGGAGCUGGAAGAUGGGAGGUAUUUCAGGCCUGUGAGUGGCACUAAGCCGGCAGUGGAUUCAGGCAUGCAGCCGGACAAACUGUUUCAAGUGACUGUGGCGAAUCGGAAGAAGGGGUUCUCAGAGGCAAGGCCAAUGCAGUUGGCUGGGCUGAAGACGGCUAUCACGAGCUUGAAGAAAGGUGUCUUGCAAGAUGCGGCGGAUGGGGCCACGGACCAAAGUGGGGCGGACGGGGCCGGGGACCAAAGUGGGGCGGUGAAGUUGUACUUUGUCGUCCCUUCGGACACAUUCCCUCACUUCAAAGGAGUGCCCAUCGCCGGACCAGGAUCGGUUGCGAUCAAGAAGGCGAUCUCGCAGUACUCUUUGGAAAUCACCUGUGAGCCCCGGAGGUUGCCUUGAGUCGCUGCUAGCUUGCGGUGAAAUUGGGCCUUCGACUGAGCAAGCUUGUUUUUCAUUGUAUCUUGAUAUAAAAAGAUGUGAGAGAUACUCGUGGUUAAGGAUGGUGCUAUCCUUUGUUGCCAUGGGCAAUUCCGC